AUGGACUACUCUACCAUCACCAACGAUCCGGAUCAUCCCAAUGAAGGGUCACCCUGGGGCUCGCCGCGCGCUGAGCGAGGGACAUUCCCCACCUCCAACAAUGACAUCCCGUCCUCUCCUUUGGUCGGGCAGGAGCAGGUCGCGGAUCAAACGGACCGAGCUCUCAGCGCCGAACCGCAAUCUCCAGACCUCUCUGCGCAGCUACAGAGCGCACAAUUGGGAGAUCCGGACUAUCCCCAGGAACAAUCCCCAUUCGCUACCCAGCAGUCUUUGAAUGCUCAACAGCAAUUGCCCGGUCCUGCACACCAUCAGACCGAACAAAGACAAGCCUCACGACCCCCUGCGCCGACUUAUAAAAUCCAGGGUAAAAUCACCGGAUUGGAAAGGACGGGUAAAAAGGACCCGAUCUUGCGCUUCGAGGUUCACACCAAUAUCCCCAAAUUCCGCACGACCCAGUACCGCGAUGUGCGCCGCACCCACUCCGAAUUCGUCAAGCUAGCAGACCACCUUGUGUCUGCCAAUCCAGAAUGUCUGGUCCCCGCCGUGCCCUCGCCAGUGACACCAGCAGGAGCUGGCACAGAGGAAGAUGAAAUUCGCAUCAAAUCCGCAAUGCAGAAAUGGCUCAAUGUUGUGCUCAACAAUGAGGUGCUGAUUCAAGAUGAUGAGGUCGUACUCUUUGUUGAGAGCGACUUUGGCUAUAGCCCAGUUCUACGGAUGAAGCAGCCUGCAACAGGAGUGCGUCGGAAGAUGUUGAAACAGUUCGCGCCGCCACCAGACGAUACGCCUGAACUGCAGGCUGCUCGUCCAACUGCAAAGAUGUUCUACUUGGGAUCAAUGGAUUCGAGCCACAAGGUUGAUAAGGUGGUCAAAGCGCGUCGUGGACUCGGUUUGGCGGAAUCCGAUUUCGGUGUGAAGCUUGGUCAACUGCACGUGCAAGAAACGCAUCCCGGCUUGGGUGUGGCCUACCGCAAGCUCGGCAAAAUCAUUCAGACUGUCGGUGAUUAUCACGCCGUUCAAGCCACAGCGGAGGCCACAACUCUCGGGGAACCACUGAGCUACCACUCAUCCGACGCUUUCAUCGUGAAAGAAACCUUGACCAACCGACACAUCCUCCUUCGUGAUCUACUCCAGGCCCAGCAAACCGCCCGAAGCAAGCGUGCUGCUGCUGACCGGUUGAAGGUCAGCUCGUCAGUGCGCCCAGAUAAGGUAGAUGAAGCCAUUAAUGCCCUCGAGGAGGCCCAGGGCCACGAGGAUCACUUGACGAAGCGAACUCAGCGUGUUACUUCAAAUCUUCUUCAGGAAAAGCGCCGCUGGUUCGACCGUACUACCCAGGACCUUCUGUCUAGUCUGCGGGAAUACACUCUGCGCCAAAUCGAAGCGGAGAGACGGACUCUGGCAACACUCGAAAGUGUUCGCCCUGACAUUCGCGCCAUCGAUGCCUCCGGUGGUCUGAGCCGCCUGGGCCGCGAAUCUCACCCCACAGCUCGCCGGACAAACAUGGCUUCGAGCCAAGGCCCUAAGGGUGACUCGUGGAGUGGUGUUCCUCGCCGCAAUGACAACGCCGGGCGCAGCAUGAGCGGUAGCUUUACUGCUCCUUCACUUGAGGACGACGAUGAUGCGAGUGGUCAGGGUUCCGGUAAAGGUCGCAACCGAGCCCCCAGCCAGGUUGGUUCUAUUGCGGAAGAGGAUGAUGACCGUCUUGAUGCCCGGAACGCAGCUAGCCGCCUGGCCACCAGCACGUUUUAA